AAACUGGACGGGGGCUGCAGAGGUUGACCUGGGAACUGAGGCACGCUGGAUUUCUCUCGAGCCCAGCCAAACGGAGAAAAAUUCGCAGGAAUUCCAAUUUUUUUUUCCCCCUCCACGCUUCACCUUCCGUCCGUAACAAAUCACCUGGCGAUGAAUGUUAACAGUUGGGGCCUUUCCCACCCACCACCCCCCGGAGAACUUUUGCCGAGUAUAAAACGGGAGCUGUCCGGUGGCAAGGAAGGAUGGGCCGGCGACGUUGGCAAGCGCGGAUCGUGGAUCGCAACAGUCUUCCUGGGUAGGGUGGGCAAGGAGGAAUUCAGGCGACGGGCCAGGUGGAAAGAAGCGCUGGCUCAAAGGCUGCAGCAACCCAGUGAUAGGUGGCAACUUCGCAUGAAGUUCCUCCGGCAGGCACAGAGCUACAUUGGCACGCCGUACGCCAAGAAAUACCAUCAGCCUGGAAGUCCUGAAUACGAAUCUCCCCUUUUCCUGGAUUGUUGUGGGCUCAUCCGGAGAGCAGUGCAAGAUUUGGCGGAUGAUUUUGGCUUCUACAUGGGCUCGGGCAACCAAGCCUAUCAGUAUGACACUCUUCCUCUGACGCUACCCAGCGAGGAGCAUUUGAAGCCCGGCGAUCUCAUCUUCAUCUCGGGAGUUUAUUUUGAUCCACAACGUAAGAGGCAACCCCACGACAUCGUCCAUGUGGAAAUCUGGUUGGGGGACGGAGAACGCAGUCUGGGGGCCAGGAGGAAGCACGGCCGAGCCCAGGUCUUUGAUUCCUACAGGUUCGUCUCCAGCUCCUACGGAGACAUGAAAUACCACUUCAAGUCCAUUGAGACGUGGCUGCAAGGCGUUUGUGUCAGCCAUUGUCCAGAACACAAAUGGGCUUCAGCGAGGGAUGAUGUGGAGAAAAAAUCUAUUUUCUACCCGCCGAGCGAGCAAGAUGAACCCGCAGAAGAGGACGCCGGCCCUUCCCAAAGCUGGCCUCCCUCGCAACCCGCAGAUGAAGGAACGCCGGUCAGGAUGGCAUCCAUCCCCGGAUCUCUCAGUACCUGUGAACCAAGCGCUAGCGAGCAGGCGGGAGCCCUGGAUCUUCAGGUGUGCUCCAGGUUGGGCUCGGAGCUCCCUGAGAUAACCUUGGAGAAAACAGAUGAAGAUGUAGAGUCUGUCCGAGGUCGGGAGGAAGCCCUGAGUUCCAAUGAAGCAGGCGGUAAGGCUGUGGCAGGAGGAGAACAGGCCCAGAGAGAAGGGGGCGAGGCAGAUCCUGCGAAGACCCUCCCAGAAGAUCAAGGCCGGGACACUCCUGACUCAGACAGCGACUUGGCCCGGACUUCCAGUUGCAAGGUAAAGUCCAUCGGGAUCUUAACGGGCCACGUCGGAAAAGGGAAAAAGGACCCGAAGUCCAGAACUCGAGACGUUCUGUGCCCUGACGGACCUCCACCGCUGGCCUCAGGACCCGGGCGUAAGUCAUCUUCCAGCAGUAUGGCUUCAGAGCAGGAAGUAGUUUCUACACCGACUCGCUGGGAACCAAGGAUCUGCAAGAAGAAACUCCUUAGCUUCCCGCCCCGUUUGACUCUCCGAAGACCUCUGUGCUUCUCAGGAUGGAUGAACGAAAGACCGCUGGAUGGCAAUGAAAGAGCAGCUGCCCUACGUUUAGGCUUCCGUUGGUUCCCAUACUACAACGAAGCAGGUGAGCCCCACCGGGUGACAAAGCUGCCCAAAAGACGCCCGGGACAGAUUCAUCCAAGGGUUCAAAGCAGCGCAACCCAUCAACAAGUAGAUCCCAAGGUCGUAGAAAACAAGAAGCAGAAAUACAGAGCUCUUUUUCCAAGCCAGGCCCUGAAGCAGUGGAAGACAUACAAGCAAAGCGGGGUUCCCAGAGUCGCCAGAGGGAGAUUCACAUAUGAAUUCAGUUCAAAAAAGCCCAGAACCCUCCUGAAUGCGGCGCUCCGAAUGAGUCACCUGGAAGAGAGAAGAAAUGAAGAAGGCCCAGGAUCGGGGCCGUUCUUUUACAUCGGCGGAGCAAAUGGGGUGGAAAUCCUGAGUAAUUACUGCAAAAGUAAAGGGUGGCAACGGAUUUAUGACAACCGGAGGGAAGACUACGCCUUGAAAUGGUGCGAGACCAAGUUUCGGGACACCUAUUGCAACUUCCGAGAAGGAGAGCAGCUUCUUUACCAGAUCCCAAACAACAAGAUCCUGACGACAAAGAUCGGCCUGUUGAUGAACCUCCGGGAAUAUGAACGGGUGAUGAGGAAGGUCGGCCAGACAGCCAAAUUGUUAAAAAUGGAAGAUUUUUUCCCGGAGACUUUUCGUCUGGACACCAAAGACGAGAGAGAAGUCUUCUUUGAAAUAUAUAAAGAGCCUCACAUUUGGAUCUGCAAGCCCACCAGCUCCAACCAAGGCCGAGGCAUCUUCCUCCUGAAAAGCCAAACCGAGGUCCGAAGCUUGCAAGCCAAACUCCAAAGCGUGGAGGACGAGUCGACGUAUAAGAAGCUCCCUUACAAACUGCCUCAGGCACGAAUCGUCCAAAGGUACAUCGACCGCCCGCUGCUGCUGGAGGGGAAAAAAUUUGACGUCCGCUCUUACCUGCUGAUCGCCUGCACGGUGCCGUACAUGGUCUUUUUCGGCCACGGUUACGUCCGCCUCACCUGCCUCAACUACGACCCCAAAUCCAAUGAUCUCACUUCUCAUCUGACCAACCAGUACGUGCAAAAGAAGAGUCCUAUCUACACCCACGUCAAGGAGGAGACCGUAUGGCUGAUGGAGCGCUUCAACAACUACGUCAACGAGAAGUACAGACAAGCCAAAGGACUCCCUAGAGACUGGGUCUUAAACAGCUUUACCAAGAGAAUGAAAGAAAUCAUGUUACAGUGUUUUCUCUCCGUCAAAUCCAAGCUGGAAUGCAAACUGGGCUUCUUUGACCUCAUUGGCUGCGACUUCCUGAUUGAUGAAGAUUUCAAGGUGUGGCUCUUGGAAAUGAACGCCAACCCUGCACUGCACAGCAACUGCACAGCCUUGAGGACCGUGAUUCCCACGGUGGUGAAUGAGACGCUGGAUCUGACCAUCGAGAUCUUCACCAAGGCUCAGAAGACCCAAAGCAUCCUCCCUCUGGAAUCCCUCUGCCAUUUCGUCCUCCUCUACAACGGGACGGCAUCUAACAACGGGCUCCCACAGACAGCCAAGAGCAAAACAUCUCUCUGUUCCUUAAAGAUCCCCCGGAUAAGUCUGGAGAAAGCCAGCAGCAGCAGCAACCCCGGGCUGCCCACCCUUCCGCCAGACAAACAGCCGCCCCCCAAAAUCCCUGAGAAGGUGCCGAAGGCGGACAGCAGAGGAGACAGCAAGGGAGAGUCCUCUGGCGCUCCUGAAGGUCUGGCUGUGGCCCCCAGCAAAGGCGUCCGGCGAGACCCACUCCCCAUGCCUCAGAUCCAAAUCUCCAUCGUCCCCAGCCUGACCUGCUGCCCUUCCGUCAAAGCCAUCCUUCGGGGACAUCAUGUCUGCACCAGUGGCAACCAGUACAUCAUCAAACCCGUUCCGGCCACCCCGGACAAGGCCGAGGGCCCCGAGGAUCAAGCCAAGUCCCUCAACCUGCCCCGCGGGAACUCCAAAGAUAAGUCCUACACAACCUGGUUCCAGCAAACUUUUGGGACCAAGGUGCCACCGGCCAGCGACAACAGCGGCGCGGAGAAUGCCUUGACCAGCUCGCAGAUGCUCUCCCUCCAUCUUCAAUCUAACUUGCCACCCAAUGGCCUGCUUCUUCCGGAAUUCCCCAAGUCCUCCCCAGUCGUAGUCAAGAGGCCGCCGGCGGCCGAGAGCAAGCCCAGGGCCGUAGCUGUCAGCCCCAGUUGCCGGGAAUCUCUCCCAGAGGAGAAAAAGAUCUCCCACCGGGGCUCUUAAAACGCUGGACGCUGGUGUAUUUCCAAAGUCCUCGUGCUCUUUUUCUUAUAAAGAACAAAACCAAGGAAGAAAAAGAAGACCAGAGAAACACCCUU